AUGAAUUUAAAAAUACAACAGAUACUGCCAGGAUAUGAAUUCACAUUUAAAUCAGUUGAUACUGUUAUUGAUCCUGAUGAAAUCGUCAAUUAUCCAGUCGAAUUUUUAAAUUCUCUUGAUUUACCAGGAAUGCCGCCGCACAAAUUACUAUUGAAAGUUGGUUCUCCAAUUAUAUUAUUAAGAAAUUUAAAUGCCCCAAAAUUAUGCAAUGGCACAAGAUUAGCAAUAACAAAAAUUAUGGGAAACAUUAUAGAGGCAAUUAUUCUGGGUGGAAAAUUCAAAGAUGAUGUUGUUCUUCUGCCUAGAAUACCACUAAUUCCUUCGGAUUCAGUAAUACCUUUUAAAAGACUGCAGUUUCCUAUAAGAUUGGCAUAUGCUAUGACCAUAAACAAGUCACAAGGGCAGACAAUGAACUUUUGUGGUAUAAAUUUAGAAAAUCCGUGCUUUAAUCACGGACAACUAUAUGUUGCUUGCUCAAGAGUAAGAAACCCAAAUAAUUUAUAUAUUUAUACACCAAAUAAUCUCACCAAGAAUAUUGUAUAUCCUUUGGCAUUACAAUAA